GUGCUCACGAAACUUUUAGCUGAAACGAAUGGCUUGGUGGUAAACGUUGCUUGUAAGAAAUAUACAGCUGUUCAGACUCAGUUAUCGCUAAAAAUGGACACAAAUAGCAAUGCUUGUUCUCCUACUGAAAUCACGGAAAUAUCUGUUGGAAAUCGAAAAACUCUUGACAUGCAGACAAUUGCACAAAAACGAAAGUCUGAGGAUGGCCUCAUCAAUGGAAAUAAUCCAAAGUCUUUAAAGCCAGACAUUCUAUUGCUUGAUGUUUACACGCAAACUGACAGUAUCACAACUGAUGUGACAAUGAUCACUAUAUUUGACUUGGUUAAAACAAAUGCUGAGCGUCUGAACAGGGUGGAAGAUCUCAUGACUAAACUGUGCGAUAUGAUUGGUGCAUUUGCAGAAACGACCUCGCCCCAGAUCACUGCUUCACAAGAGAAGAAAUGCAACGAGUCUUGUCCAACAAGUAUCCUGUCACAAACAAGCGGAGAUAAUCAAAGAUUCUCAACCACCAGUGGUAAAGCAACCUCCACAGAUUUUAUCACUCAGGCACCGCAGCAAUGUCUAUCAAGUAGUUGGGAUGAUAUAAAUUUUACUUGUGAAAAUACACCUAUUGCUAACACUGUAAGGGAAGAUAAAUCGCCCGAGCCGACAUCAUCCAAAAUGAACUUAAAUAAUGGAAAUUCCACUCGAGAUAAUUUGGCAAGUUUAGGUUGUUGGCUUGGUAACCCUAACGAUGCAAACUGUCGAGCGUGGUUUUCUGGUGAUCCGAAUAUAAUUGCUAAUUGUGAAGCAUAUGGUACGAAUCCUGUAAAACUGGCACUUGGUAUGACUGAAGCGUUAUUUACCAGAGAAGAAAUGGCCGCCUCUAACGUACGGGGAACAAGAGGAAAGGAAUCGCUAGAUCCCAAUAAAAUCAACUCAAUUAGAGUUCACGUUGAUUACAAAUUUCCACUCGAAAAAGAUCGAAUGGAGGUUCGUUGGCAGUUAAUCAAACCAAAAAUCGACUCGAAAUGUCGACAACAGCGACGACAACAGCACGAACAUAAAUGGAAAAUUGUGAAGAUGCUUAACUCAAAAUCCUCUCCAAAGACGCAUGCAAAUGUUGGUAGACCGAAAAAAAUCGCUUUGGGUGAUGAGGAACGUGAAAUUCUUCUUUAUGGAUCCACGAAAAAGGUUUUGAACGUAUAUACAAGUGAGACAAACGUUGAAACAAACGCAUUAGCUAACUCUCAUGAUUACUUAAACGAGAACGAAAACGAGGACAAAGAAGGUUUAAAAAUAGCUAACACUAGCAAAUUUAGUUAACAUUUCUUUCCAUAGGAUUGGCUAGUGAUGUUAUGUAUUAGUGAGUACAUAAUUAUCACUAUCUACAUCACAUUCUUAUUCCUUAUGUUCAUGCUUGGAAGUUCAAGUGACAGUUUUAAUAUUUAGUUUACAUGAAGUACUGCAACACGUUGUUGGUGAUAAUGAUGUUAACUUUGCAUUUAAUGUUUGUUUUGUAUCAUAAUAAAUGCUCUAAGUUAUCUGCCACUUACGUUAAAA